AUGUUCUUCUCCAAGUUGGUUAUUCUUGCUCUUGCCGCCGUUGCGGCCGCCCACCCUGGGCACGAGGCUGAGGAGCACUGGGCAGCCAUCGCCGCCCGCACUCAGCGCGUCAACACCAGAAGGGCCUUGGAGAACUGCGCCGCUUCUCUCGAGUCUCGCGGCCAUGCAGCUCGCGCAAUCGAGCGACGUGCCGCAGAGGCAGCGAGGCAACGCAUAGCUCGCAGGAUCCCGGUCAACAACCCUUACCGCAAGCGUGCCGCUGUCAGAAGAGACACCACCAGUAUCCUCAACAAGGACCAUGAGGGCACCCUCGACCCCGAUGAGGCCCAGGCUGAUGAGUCGUACGUCUUCAACAGCACUACUUGUGCUGUUUUGAACCCCCAGGGCGAAGUCGGCCCUUUUUACGUCAAGGGUGAAUACGUCCGCUCAGAUGUUACCGACUCGGAGCCCGGCGUCGAGAUCAUCAUGGAGGCCCAGGUGAUUGAUGUCAACACUUGCGAGCCGCUGGUGGGCGCCUGGUUCGAUAUCUGGAACUGCAACUCUACGGGCGUCUACUCGGGCGUCCAGUCCAAUGGCAACGGCAACAGCAACGACGCCACCAACCUGGACAACACAGCUCUGCGCGGUAUCCAGCAGACGGACGACAACGGUGUCGUCACGUUUACGACCAUAUACCCUGGUCACUACUCGGGUCGCACCAACCAUAUGCACGUUGUCCUGCACACGGAAGCCGAGGAGCAAACCAAUGGCACCAUCACCAUGGGCACGGUACCUCACAUUGGCCAGUUCUUCUGGGACCAGAGCCUCACGACACAAGUCGAGGCGCUCAGCCCGUACAAUACCAACACCAUCACCCUGACGACCAAUGCCCAGGACCGCGUCUUUGGCGAGCAGGAGACGGCUGGCACCACCUCGGACCCCGUCUUCAACUAUGUCUUCCUUGGCGACUCCAUCAGCGACGGCAUCUUUCAGUGGAUCGUGGUUGGCGUCGACACUUCGGCCUCUUACACGCCCACCUACAGCUUUGAGCUGACCGAGGAUGGCGGUGUUCCCGUGAGCUCCGGCGGUGGUGGCGGUGCUGGCGGCGGCGGCGGCGGCCCACCUUCGUAG